GAGCAGCAGCAGAGGCAGGAGGACGAGGAGGAGGAGGAGGAGCCGUCGCAGGAUGAAGGAUCGGACUCAGGAGCUGCGGAGUGCGAAAGACAGUGAUGAUGAGGAGGAGGUGGUCCAUGUGGAUCGUGACCACUUCAUGGAUGAGUUCUUUGAACAGGUGGAAGAGAUCCGGGGCUGCAUUGAGAAACUGUCGGAAGACGUGGAGCAGGUGAAAAAACAGCAUAGUGCCAUCCUGGCUGCCCCCAACCCAGAUGAGAAGACCAAACAGGAGCUGGAGGACCUCACUGCAGACAUCAAGAAGACGGCCAACAAGGUUCGGUCCAAGUUGAAAGCGAUCGAGCAAAGCAUUGAACAGGAGGAGGGUCUGAACCGUUCCUCCGCGGACCUGCGCAUCCGCAAGACCCAGCACUCCACACUCUCCCGGAAGUUCGUGGAGGUAAUGACCGAAUAUAACGCGACCCAGUCCAAGUACCGGGACCGCUGCAAGGACCGGAUCCAGCGGCAGCUGGAGAUCACUGGAAGGACCACAACCAAUGAAGAGCUGGAAGACAUGCUGGAGAGCGGGAAACUGGCCAUCUUCACAGACGAUAUCAAAAUGGACUCACAGAUGACGAAGCAGGCACUGAACGAAAUCGAGACGAGGCACAACGAGAUCAUCAAACUGGAAACCAGCAUCCGUGAGCUGCACGACAUGUUUGUGGACAUGGCCAUGCUUGUGGAAAGCCAGGGUGAGAUGAUUGACCGCAUUGAGUACAACGUGGAACAUUCCGUGGACUAUGUGGAGCGAGCCGUGUCCGACACCAAGAAAGCUGUGAAAUAUCAGAGCAAGGCGCGGAGGAAGAAAAUCAUGAUCAUCAUUUGCUGUGUGGUGCUGGGGGUGGUCUUGGCGUCAUCCAUUGGGGGGACGCUGGGCUUGUAGGCCCCCCUUCUCUCUCCCAGAGCCCUCCUCCACCACAUCGGGAGCAAUACCCCCACCGCCCCUCUCACUCCAGCCCUGCUCCAGCUCACCCCAACCCAGACCCAGGCAGCCCCACCCCCUCCCUCACCCCACAGCAGACCCUGGAGUCCCUGGACCUCACCCUGCCAUGGACCACCCCCUGCCCCCGCACGUAGAUAGCAGCAGGCGUGAUUACACAUGCACACCAACAUGCAUGCCGCCGGCACAUGCUCGAGACGUGUGGACACCCCAGCGUGUGUGUACGUGUGCAGAUGUGUGUAGAUGCACCAAAUCACCCCCUCACCCCCCACCUCAAGUCUGUGUGUGGUCUGAGCUUCCCCCUUCACCUGGGUUGUUGUGUAGACUGUGGCCGAGUACAACACAGCAGCCCGCCGUGCCCCUCCCUGUCUUCUGUGAAGAGGUAUGUGUGUGUACGUGUGAGACCACAGGUCUGUGGACACCCAAUGUGUGUACAUGGAAUUUUGUGUUUUGAGUGUUUGAACCUAAUUCAACAGCA